GAGAGUAAUGAAAACAAGAGUGCCUCUGAUGGGGGCCAAGGAGGGGAGAAGGCACCACCCCGCCCGGCUGGGGGUGGGGGCGGGGGUGGAGGACUGGAAAAGCUGUCGCGUGAAGAGCUUGUCAGCAAAUGCAGGAAUUUGUUGGCUCUUGCACAAAAGGCCAAGGCAGCAAAAGACGAAGUAACAGCCGAAUUGAAAAGAGUCAAAGCGGCCUCAAAGAGUGUGGCUACGAGAGAUGGUAACUGAUCUCACAGAGGGGAAAGUGGCACAGACAACCAAGAUUGAGAGUCUCCAGAGACAGUUAAGGGCUGCCUCAAGUGAAGUAGACUCACUCCAUGAAUUGAAAGCUGCUCUGCUGGGGGAGAGAGACAAGCAGGAAGCUGAGACCUCCAAACUGCUAACAGAAUAUCAGAAAACAAGAGAAGAGUUUGAACAGAUUAAGGUUUCGAGUGCAAAGAAAAUUGAGCUGCUGCAGAAGACUUGGGAAAAGGAAAAACACAUUUUUCAGGAGAAAGUGGAGAACCUUGAAGCUCAGAAUAGUCAAGUGGAUAUUUUGAAGACCAAAUGUAAGAAGCUUGUUCAGGAGAAAGCAGGGCUGGAGGAGGAGCUGAAAAAACAGCAAGUCCUAGUGGCAAAAGGUGUCAAAAUGCAAGGAGAAGUUUUAGCCCUUAAAGAAGAGAAGAAGGCUGCUGACAUCAUACUGGAGACCACACAGAAACAGAAGAAGGCCCUCGAGGACAAGUUAAAAUCCUUUGAAAGCCAAGUCACAGACCUAAAGAAGGCAAAAGAGAAGGACGAGAAAAAUUCCAAAAUGGAACUUGGCAAAUCUCAGGAGUUGGAGGAAAAGUUGAGAGAGAAGGAUUUGGCUUUAUCAGAAGCUGAAACCAAGCUGAAGGAUUUAAAUAAUAAACUUGAAGAUAUGGAGCGUGCUAAACAUCUGCUAGAGGAAACUGCAAGAGAAGCCAAGGAGAAUUUUGAGAAUAAUGAAGCUGAUAGAACAAAGCUAAAAGAUGAUCUUAAUGAAGCUUUAGAGAAGAAUAAGAACCUUGCAAGUGAAUUUGAUGAUUUUAAGGCAAAGCACAGUGAGCAAAUAGAUGUGUAUACCAAAGAGAUUGAGUAUUUAAAGUCAACAAUGGAGAAAAAGAUGGAAGAGAGCAGAGUACAUUCGGAGUUAGAGUUGCAAAAGAUUAGUGAAGAAAAGGGAGAGCAGUUCAAACAGAUUGAGGAGGAGCAUCAGGCCUUGAAAUUAAAAGAGCAGAACCUGACAGAAGAAAAUUCACAAUUGAAGGAUAAUGUAGAUCAAUUAAAGGCUUGCAGUCAAAAACUGGAAGAAGAGAUUUCAGAGUUAGAAAAACAGCUUAAAGAAAAAGAUGCACUCAGUGCAGAUCUCCUACAAAAAUAUCAAGCCAAAGAGUCUGAAAAUGCUGGUCUUGCUGAAAACAAGGACAAAGUGGAAGAAUUGAUGGUGCAGGUAAAUGAAUUUACUGUGGAAAUCAAUAAACUUACUGAAGAAAAUAAGUCUUUGCUUGAUAAGUGUAACAGUCUAGAAACAAAGACAUCUCAUUUGAAGGAAAAGUUGGCAGAAGCACAGAUGGAAAAGCAAAAUCUUGAAACUGAACAUUCCAAGGCUGCUGGAGAAAAGGGAAGAUACCAGGAAAUUGCUGAUGAAUGCAAAGAAAAAGUAAAUAGGUUAAAUGAAGACAUUGAGAACCUAAAAUCUGAGAACAGCAAAUUAAUUGCAGAUGCAUCAAACAUAAAUGAUACUCUGAAAGAUGUCCAGGAAACUGUGUCUUCAAUAACAUUAACUUUUAAGGAAGUUUAUCCUAUUAUGAGUGAGUCCUUUAUUUCUUCAACUACUGACAAUCUCUUAGCAAAACUGAAAGGUUUUCAAGAGCUUUUAGGUGAAAUUGGCAAGAAACGGGAGAGCCUCUGUCCAGAAGACUGGGUAAAGACUGUCAUAAGUUCACUUGAACAGUUCCAGAACAGUUUCCAAGUUAUUGUUCAGUCUAAGACCAAGGUACCUGAAAAGUCUUGUGAAGAUUGUUUUGGUAGUUUAAGCAAAAGUUUUAUAGAUGUUUACAAAAUUACAUUGUCUAUCUUGGAUCUCCCUGAAAACUCGGUCCUCGAAGAGAAAUGCCAACAGAUCACCUCAUCAUUUUCAAAGCUGUGUGAAGGUUUGAGUAAAGAUUUGGAAAUGGCAAGUCAAAUGAGUGAAGAAGUGAAAAGGUUUACCCAAGAAAGAGAGGAAUUGCAUAAACAGAUACGUAAAGUAAGCGAAGAAGCUGACUGGAAGUUCAAAGAGGUGUCUGUCCAUCUUGAUAACACAUUAAAAGAAAAGAACUGUGAGUUAGAGAACAAAAAAGAAAUUAUUGCUGAGCAUGAGAAGACUGUGAAGAAGCUAGAGAAAACAUUAGAGGAGGAGAAAGCAUCAUUUGAAAAACUGUCAGCAGAACAUAAAGAGAAAUUGUCUGUUUUAGAAGAAAAGUUAGCUGUGAGGGAAAAAAGACUUGGCGAAUUAGAGACACAGAUAACAUCAGGUGACAGCCAGAAAGAGGAGAUUGUCAGUAACUUAAGAAAGCAAUUGGAGAGUAUUACAGAAGAAAAGACAAACUUAGACAAGAAAUUAGAGGAAGUUACUGUACAGAAAGAGCAUAUGGAGAAGUCACACAGAGACCAGAGUGAGGAAAUGGCCAGCUUGCUAAAGAAAGGGGAGGAACUGACCUCUGAAUGCAACCUCCUCCAGAAGGAAAAGGAGGCUGUGGCAAAUAGCCUGGAAGAUGUGAAGAGGGAGUUUACCACUAAGGAGAAGAUCUAUCAAGACGAGAAGCAUGAGUUGGAGAAGAAAAUUGUCCUGCUGUCUGAGGAAAAGAUCAAUUUAGAAAAGGAAUUUGCUUCCAUGAAUCAAAGCAGAAAGUCCAAUGAAGAAGACUUCAGCUCAAAGAGAAAAGAACUAGAGGAACAAAUCCAUAAUAUCACAGAGGAAAAGGCCAGUCUGAAGGGGGAACUUGAGGACAGGAAAAGAGAAAAUGCAACUCUUCAAGAAAAUAUUCAGGAACUGGAGAAGAAGCUAGAGAAUCUUGGCUGUGAAGUGGGACAGUUGCAAGAAAAGGUCAAAGAUAGAGAGAUAGAGCUAGAGAUGUCUAGUAGUGAAGCAGAGCUAGCCAGCAAGCAGGAGCAACUCCAGACAAUUACAGAAAAGCUUCAGUCAUUUAGCAAUGAUUCUCCCCCACCUGCAACUGCUCCAGACAAUCAGCAACUGGAGAAACUUGAAGAGAAAAUCAAGGAGCUUCAGCAAGAGAGGGAUGUUCUAAAAAAGACAAUCCAAGGUUUAGAGAGUGAGUUGUCUUCGGCCCGCGAGUCAACCAACCAAGCUCAGGAUGCGCAGAGCGAGGCCAUGAGCACAAGUACAAUCAGUCGGGCAGAGGACACCCAACGCAUGAAGGAACUGGAAGACACAUUUGAGGAGAGGUAUAUGAAGCUAAAGAGCGUUGCCAUUAAACUGAAGAAACGAGUAGCGGAACUCACAGCCCAGCUCAACUCAUCGGAGGAAUCGCGCAGUAAAUUAGCCACGGAAAAAGAUGAUCUUAAGAAGAAGUUCGAUAUGGGAGCCAAAGACAGCAUGAAAACUGUGUCAAAGAAUAUACAGGCUCUUCAGGGUGAGAUUGACAGAUUGCAAGAUGAAGUAGACAGCAAAGUAAAAGAACUCAAGGAUACUGGAAAACAGCUUGUGGCAGCGACUGAACAACUAGCAGCUGCAAAGUCUGAUUUGGCAAAGAUGCAGGAGGAAAAUGCAGUUAUAUAUCGCACAGUAAAGAGCUUAGAGGAAACAAUUGCCACACAGGAAAGUGUCACCUUGAGCUUGCGGGGGCAGGUUGCUAGCCUGGAGGAGAGGAUAGCAGCUGAAGUGCAGCAGCAACACACCCUCGAAGAACGCAGGAGAAAGGCUGAUGAGCAGAUUGAGGAGGAGAGACAGAAAAUUUCCCAGCUCACAAGGGAACUGGAUGAAGCAAAGCAGGACAGUAAAACAAAGAGCCUGAUGGACCUGGAAAUGCGGGACUACGAGCUGACGGUGAGCGAACUCCAAGGCCAGCUGGCAGAGAAGGACACCAAUAUUGCUGAGUUGCAGGCAGAGAUUGAGAGGGAAAAGAGACGAUCGGGGAGUCUGCAGGAUCAGCUGGUCCAUCUUUCCACUCAGGAAGCCACCGAAAGAGAAAGGGCAGAGAAGAUGAAGAAACUUCUCCUGGAUCACAAGACGCAGUUAGCUGAGCUGCGGCAAGUGCAGGAGGUCCAGGCGGCCGUACAGGAGACAGACCGAGUCACAAUUGAACAGCUUACCCAGGAAGUUGAAAAGCAGAAAUUAGUAUUGUCAGAAAUUAGCAUUGAAAAGACAAGACUAGAGGAUGCUUUGAGGAAAUCUAAAGCUGUUGCUGAUCAUCAAAUUGAAGUCUUAGAAGAACAACUUUCAAAACAUAAAACUGAAGUAAAUCAGUUAACUUCAGAAUUGAAGACAGUUAAAGAUGAAUUUGAAGGAUACAAAGUGAGGGUCCACAGUGUAUUGAGACAAAAAUCCAGAGCACCAGACAUUGACGUGAAUGAGCUGAAGACAGAGAGAGACCAGCUCCAGAGUGAUUAUGAUGCAGCCCAGUUAAGAAUACAACAGAUACAAUCUGAGAUCUCUGCAGUGAAGGCAGAACUCAGCUACUUGCAGUCUGAGAAGGAUGGACUUUUGCGUCAGGUGUCUUCUGUCACUGAGGAAUUGACCAAAAGGGAGUCAUCCCAUCAAGAGAAGGUUGCCAAACUGGAGAGUAAAAUUGAGACUAAGACAGCAGAGUAUCAGCUGAUCAUUGCCAACAUGUCCAUUCAAAAUGAAACUAUGAGUAAUAGUUUUAAGAAGCAACUCGAGACUCUUCGUGAAACCCACACUCAUGAGGUAGAAGAUCUUACAAAGAAACUGGAAGAAACUGAGGACAAGCUUUGGCAGCUCAAGAACAAUGUUAAUGCUGUGCCAGCCCCUCCUGCGAAUGCAAGCAACUCCCUUAGCCCAUAUGCAGGUGUCCCUCACACUAAUCGUCGUGAAUUGGACACACACACCAAUACUUCUCACCAUAAUCAGCACAGACGUCAGCACAGCCAUGGCUCAGAGGAGAAUAGGAUUGAUAUCACUAACAUGAUCAGGGAAGAGGGCGAGGGAUCUGAGUGGGUGGAGCCUGUACACCAUUCCCCGGCUAGACCCAUGGGAUACAGCCCGCCACCCUUGGAGCAGCUCAUAAACUCUCCCCUGCCCUCAGCCCCCAGUCAGCAACCCCCUCAAGAUGACACAGUCAGCGUCACCAGUAUUGCCACUGACACUACAUUAAAGGAGAUAGAUAGGCUGGAGUCGAAGUUGAAAUCAGGAGAGAUGCGGAUUCAGCAGCUGACCUCACUCUUGCAUGAGUCUGAGGCAGAAAAUGCCAAGCUGUCCCAACUGGCAGAUGCACUCAAGGAAGAAAUCCGAAGAUCAGCACGUAAUGAGAGCCGAGAAAAGCACAUGGAAAAUAUGGAAUAUGCCAAGAAUGUGAUAUUGAAGUUUUUGAUGUUGAGGAACAACGAGGAAAAGAAACACCUUGUGCCUGUUCUGAAGACAGUUUUGCAGUUGUCGCCACAGGAAGUGUCGCAGCUUGAGCAAAUGGCAGUCGGAACAGAUGAAGGAGCCUCAAAUGGAGGAUGGAGUGAUUAUCUACAUCUCUGGUCAAGUAGAUAACAAGUGGCCACACCAUUUUGAAAUCUGUUCAUAAGUCUCCAUUGCAACUUAUGUUGGGAUGUGAAGGUUAUUACACUUUAGGUUGUAAAUUUUUUUUUUGUAGAUUCUGUGGAGUUAUAUGUUGAGAUGUACAUAUUAGAUGAAGGCUUGGAACAUUGUCAAGGACAUUGCUAUACACAAAAAAACAACAACAAAGAAAGAUAGAAAAAGGGUGCCAUAAUUUAACAUGAGUUCUUUGUGUCAAUAUUUACCAAAGAAAAGGGGAAAUGUAUACAAUUUGAAGUGUUAAAGCAAAUAAUUGGACUUCCAGAGAAGUCUGGCAGAAUGAAUACUGCAGUAAUAUUAAGGCCUUGGGCCUUUGAUAUUUUACACUUAUGUUAUACUAUACUUAUGAUCAUUUGUUAUAUACGUGAUCACACAACUUGGUUUUUAGGGACCAUAGAGUUGGUGUUGGGUUAUUCUAUCAUUAAUGAAGGUCUCUGUGUAUAGGUUUCUUCAAAAUGUAUAUUGGCAAUAGUUAUAUUGCAUUUGGGGUUA